AUGUUCCGCAACACGUACGACAGCGAGAACACGGUCUUCUCGCCACAAGGCCGGCUGCACCAGGUCGAAUAUGCGCUCGAAGCCGUCAAGCAGGGUUCGGCCGUAGUUGGCUUGCGCAGCAACACACAUGCGAUCCUGGUUGCACUCAAACGAGCUCCCUCGGAGCUGGCAAGCUACCAGAAGAAGAUGCUGCGCAUCGACAACCACAUCGGCAUCGGCUUCUCGGGACUCACCUCGGACGCGCGUGUUCUGUCCACCUACAUGCGCCAGCUGGCCCUCUCGUCGCGUCUGGUCUACUCUCGCCCCUUGCCCCUCUCCCGAGUUGUCGACUCGUUGGCAGACCGUGCGCAGUAUAACACGAUGGACUACGGCAAGCGUCCCUACGGUGUAGGCUUCCUGAUCAUCGGUGUCGACUCGACCGGUCCUCAUCUGUACGAGUUUACACCCACUGCCAACUGCUUCGAAUACUACGCCAUGUCGAUCGGCGCUCGCUCGCAGUCGGCCAAGACGUACCUCGAGCGCAAAUUCGAAGAUUUCCCCAACGCCAGCCUGGAGGACCUCGUGCUGCACGGCCUCUACGCACUUAGGGACACGCUGCCGCAGAACAAGGAUCUCGAGCUGGACCAGGUCAGCGUGGCCAUAGUGGGACCUGGCGCCGACGCAGACGUCAGCGCGCCACAUGCAAGACGCGGAGAAAAGUUCAGGGUGGUCGAGGGAGAAGACUUGAGGCCGUACAUGGACAGGCUGGAGCCAAAGACGAUUCCGGGCGCGCGGGCGGCAGCUGCUGCUGCGACGACGGCGGCGGCGACAGAAGGGGGUGAAGCAGGCGCUGGCGCGGCAGAGGGCGAUGCAGCUGCGCCAGGUGCAGGUGCGGAGGCGCCGAUGGAGGACUAG